AUGAACCGCGUCCUCCACGAGAGUGUAAUAACUGGAGGUGCUGCGGGUGUUGUUGUAGAAACAGCUUUAUACCCCAUUGAUACCAUCAAAACUCGACUUCAGGUUGCUCGUGACGGAGGAAAGAUUGUUUUGAAGGGUCUGUACUCUGGGUUGGCUGGAAAUCUUGUUGGUGUCUUACCAGCUUCGGCAAUUUUUAUUGGUGUGUAUGAACCCGCAAAGCAGCAAUUGCUAAAGUCAUUGCCUGAAAAUAUCAGUGCUGUGGCUCAUUUUGCUGCAGGUGCUAUUGGAGGCGUUGCUUCUUCUGUUGUUCGUGUUCCAACUGAGGUUGUUAAGCAAAGGAUGCAGAUUGGGCCAUUUAGAUCAGCCCCGGAUGCUGUCCGUCUUAUUGUCGCUAAUGAGGGUUUUAAUGGCCUUUUUGCGGGAUAUGGAUCUUUCUUAUUGCGAGAUUUACCAUUUGAUGCUAUAGAAUUAUGCAUUUAUGAGCAGCUCCGUAUUGGGUAUAAAUUAGCGGCAAAAAGAGAUCCUAAUGAUCCAGAGAAUGCUAUGCUUGGGGCAGUGGCUGGUGCCGUAACUGGAGCAGUUACAACUUCUCUUGAUGUAAUAAAAACCAGAUUGAUGGUAAAGCGAUCUAAAACGGAACUCCUGAUUAUUUUUAAAGGCAUCAGUGAUUGUGUGAGGACAAUAGUUAGAGAAGAAGGAAGUCAUUCUCUUUUUAAGGGUAUUGGGCCUAGAGUUUUGUGGAUAGGAGUUAGAGGUUCAAUAUUCUUUUGUGUUCUUGAGAAGACAAAGCAAAUUCUUGCUCAGAGGCGGCACUCCAAAGCUGCUGAUGAUGAUGUUGCAAUGCACACUUAAUUUAAUUUCAUGAUUGCAUUGAGCCACUGUGAUUCAUUCCUCAAUUGGUGCCAGGGCCUGAAAGAGUUCAGUUCAAGCUCUUUUGGACCUGGAAAUUCAAGUCUCAAGGCAUCUGCCUGGGGACCCAGCAUUUUUGCUGGGACACCCAGUACAUUUUCCAAAUACCGAAAAUACCCAUAAGUUAUAAAUAAUAGGUUUUGUUUUUCCUUUCUGCAGCACUUUUUUUUUCCGUAAAAUCUAACUUCCUUAGUGUAAUUUUCUUCCAAUAGUCUCC